GAGACACUGCAUUAGACGCGGUAUAUAAGAGAGAGUCUCCGGGGUCUUCAGGCACGACUUGCUGGAGCUUCUACAGUGUGCAGAAACCCGGCGAACAGACCAGGCAUCCACCAGCGAAGAUGAGUGUGGUGUUGUUGACCGGUGGCCUCCUCUGCCUGUUCGUAGGACAGGCUCUGUCCAUCUGUAGUCCUGUGGACUACACCCUCCAUGUGGAGAAACCAGAGUGCGACUUCUGUGUUGCCGUGAAUACCACCAUCUGCAUGGGCUUCUGCGUUACACGGGUCCCCAACAUCAGGCUGGCGAUGCGGCGGUUGGUGGAGCAGAAGGGGUGUAUGUACGAUGCGGUGGAGUACCGCACGGCCAGGCUGCCCGGCUGCCCCCCGCACGUGGACCCCCAGUUCUCGUACCCUGUGGCCCUCCGGUGCAUCUGCAGGGAGUGCGAUUCGGCCCGGGACGAGUGCACGCACAGAGCCAGCGCUAACGGGGACAGCUGCUCCAAGCCCCUGCGCCACAUCCACGCCUACCCAGGCCAGAGCCACUACCUCCAGCCGCUCUGA